CUGGUCAGAGCAACUACGGUAGAAUUAUUUUUUUGGAUAGCAUUAGCUGCAAUUGCAAUAUCAGAGCAAAUUCUCGCACCAAAUAUUCACAAAAAGUACCAUCAUAAAAAAUCUUCAACAGCGUAGAAAAUUUAAUAAUAUAAUAACAGUUGAAAUAUUGGAGACAAAAAAAAGUUUUAAAAAAACUUAACUCCUUUGCAACUUAAAAUAUAUUUGUUCAGUAACAAAAUUGGAAGAAAAAGCCAAAAACAUGACCGACUUUGACACCUCAGACGAAGUUUUGCCUUCCAACAUGGACUCCAAAAGAGCAAUCAGACUUUGUGGUUCGACUGAGGAUGUGGACACUGUUGUUGACUUGACUAAACAUGGAGACCCCCGAGUGAGGAGGAGCGCCCUGAAACAGAUGUUUCCCUGUAGGGUGAAGCAGGAUGUGGGUCCAUUUUGGGACAGGGUGUUUCAGAUGGUCAACGAGGAGGAUGAUGAUGUCAGAGGUCAAGUGCUGCACACCAUCUGUGAUGGAUCACCAACCCACCUGGAAUCGGAAGUUUCCGAUGCCCUGGAAGUAUUCAAUAGGGACCUCAAUUCGAAAAUCAGACGUCAAGCACACAAGGCACUCACGGCUUAUAGAAAGACGGGGAAAUGGAAUGUGCUUUGAGGAUUUUUUUUGAACUCGAAUCAAUUCUGAAUCACCGGAGCGAUAUCCCAAAACCAGGGGAAGUGUUCGGACCCAAUCAGACUAAUGUAUUGUAAGAGGAAGAGACAAUUGAGUUCACCAAACGCGCUCAAUUUGUCAAUGCCUUGGAUAGAAUUACUACUGAAGCAUUUAUAAAAACAACUGGCAUUAUUAGAUGCUAUUUAAAUGUCUUUUUAACUAUUAUUAAUAAACAAUUUUAAAAAAACUAAUAUUGAGAGUGCUUCAACAAAAUGUAGCUGUCAUAAUAAGUCAGUUUGAUUUGAUAUUGAUUACUAUGAAAUUAAAAAAAGGAUUGAAAAAUUGAGAGUUCUAUUUGGCCAACAUACAUAAACAGACUGUAAGGUUGAAUUGCUAGUACUGCAUCAAAAC